UUCAGCAGGCCCCUCCAUGGCCUGCAGGGGGCGCUGCUGUCCCCGCUGUCACCGCGCAGUCCGACAGUGGGAGAACCGCUCCACUACGUCAAGCCGUCCCCGUCCGCUCGGUAAAGAUGUCUGCGUCGGGUGCAGGCGGUUGCGGACCCGGUCCCGGCUCCGCUCCGGGUGCUGGGUCCGGGGCUUCCAACCCCCGAAAGUUCAGCGAGAAGAUAGCGCUCCACACACAGCGCCAAGCAGAGGAGACGGCCGCCUUCCAGGAGGUCAUGAUGGACAUCUCCUCCACCCGGCUCCAGGCCCAGAAGCGCCUGGCCAGAAACCAGGGGCCGUAUUACGGCGGCUCCCUGCCUGACGUCAACCAGAUCGGACGGAACCACCAGGACUUCCAGGGCUCGUUCUCCUCCACCCUGGAGUCCAGUCGCUCCACCCGACACCACGGUCUGGUGGAGCGGGUGCAGCGGGACCGCCACUUCGUGUCCCCGGUACGACCGUACCGCAACCGACAAAUGGACAACUCGGCGUAUAACCCCGCCUACCUGUCCCUGCCCCCCGACCCCAGCUGGAGAAGGAACUGGUGUGGAAACUUUCCCGGGGAUAGAAGCCAUUUGUUUCGUCUCCCCACUACCGCACUCAACAGGACCAACUCUGACUCUGCGCUCCACACCAGUGUGAUGAACCCCCCCUUGGGGGACCCCUUCUCCUCCGGCCACAGCCUCCCCCACCAGGCCCCCCGCCGGGCCGGGCAGCCGGUGGGCGAGGGGCGGAGAAUGUUCCCGUACCCCGUCCCGCCCAUCGAGGAGAACGUUCUGGACGAAGGGAAACUGCUCAAGCCCUGGGACUCCAAGAAGUUGCCAAUGCUGUCGUCACGUCCCAAGUCCUGCGAAGUUCCUGGUAUCAAUAUCUUCCCCUCCCCGGAGCAGCCCUCCUCCACCACGCCCCACCUGCCCCCCCCGGCCCUCAACACGGGAGGCUCCCUGCCCGACCUGUCCAGCCUGCACUUCCCCUCCCCGCUGCCCACGCCCCUGGACCACGACGAGCCGGGCUACCCCGGGUCGGCCUCCCUCAGCGGGGGCAGCAGCACCGGCAGCCUGGCCUCCACGCUCAACCACCUGGGCAUCAACCCCGCACACGGCGCCGGGCACGCCUUCCACCAGCACUCCCCUGGUCUCCUGGCGUCCCUCCAGAGCACGCUGAGUCACUCCUCCCUGCACUCGUCGCUAAGCAACCCCAACAUCCAAUCGUCUCUCAGCAGCCACUCCUUCCCCAGCUCCCUAAGCUCCACCUCCCUGCAGUCGUCGCUUAGCAACCCCUCCCUGCAGUCCUCGCUAUGCUCCUCCCCCUCGCUGGCCUCCUCCCUCAGCAGCCAAUCGCUGCACUCCUCGCUGAGCAACUCCUCCCUGAGCGGCCAGCCGGUUGCCAGUAGCAACCCCAGCUACAGCAGCGCCGUGGGCGGGGCCAACUCCUGUGGCUCCUCCUACUCGCCGCUCCUGAGUGGCCAGGGGCAGCCGCCACUCAGCACGUCGCCGCGGAGACGGGCCCAGCUGUCGCCGCUCAUCCUGCCCAUGGGGGGGGAGGGACGGAGGCACCCCUCCAAACAGUUCUCCCCCACCAUCUCCCCCACGCUGUCCUCCAUCACACAGGGAGUCCCUCUGGACACCAGCAAGCUGCCCCUGGACCAGCGGCUACCCCCCUACCCCUUCAACCACCACCCCCAACAGAACCACCACGCCCAACAGAACCACCACCCCCAGCAGAACCACCACCCCCAGCAGAACCACCACCCCCAACAGAACCAGGGCGGCUGUGUCCCCCCCAGCAGCCAGCAGCAGCAGCCUCCCCCCUCCUCCUCCUCCUCCCUGGGUCAGCAGAACCCCCACCUCACCCAGAUGCAUCGGCUCCAGCAGCAGAACAGGCCCAACUCCUCCCCCGCGCACCUCCACCACCAACACCAGUAUCAGCAGCAACAACAACAGCAACAACAACAGCAGCAACAACAACAACAGCAGCAACAGCAACAGCAGCAACAACAACAACAACAACAACAACAACAACAACAACAACAGCAGCAGCAACAACAUCAGCAGCAGCAGCAGCAACAACAACAACAACAGGAUCAGCAGCAACAACAACAUCAACAACAACAGCAGCAGCAGCAGAACCUUCAGCUCCAGAACCUGCGAAACGCGCAGAUCCAGAUCCAGCAGCACUUUGGAACGCAGCAGAGACCGGCCAGCGGGCCCCUGGAUGCCCCCAGCGCCCCGCUGAUAAAGAGCGAGACCCAGCAGGAGCAGUGUGAGCAGUCUCUCGGGGGCCACUCGGACCCCCAGAGAGCCAGCGGGCUGAUGCAGCUGCAGCAGCUCAACCACUCCAUCGCCUCCGAGCUGGGACUCUACAACGACUCGCUGUUCAACUCUCUGCUGGAAGACCCCUACCUGAGUGCCCAGCUCUCCGAGAGAGGCAGCCAGCAGUUCGGUAUGGAGGGUCCCGGGGAGGGUCUGUCCCUGGUGGACGGGGCUCUGGGGGACCGGAGCCAGUACCCGUCCCCCCAGGGGUCCCUGGACCUCCUGGAGCUGGGCCCCCAGCAGCAGCAGCUCCUCAACCUCCACAACCACGGCUACGGCCCCCCGGAGCCCCCGCACGCCAUGCCCAACAUCAUCCUCACCGGCGGCUCCCCUCCGGGCCUGUCUAAGGAGAUCACCAGCGCCCUGUCCCACGUGCCGGGCUUUGAGAUGGACCCCUUCUCCCUGGACCACCUGGGGCUGGACCUGCUGGACGGGGACCUCAUGCUGGCCGACCCGACCGUGGAGGACUCCUUCAGGACCGACCGCCUCAAGUGACCCCCGACCCCCGACGACCCCAGAGCACACACACGCAUGAACACACACACACACACACAUGAACACAAACACACAUUAGCAAACACACACUUAAACAAACACAUAAACGUCAAAACCUACACCUAUGCGCACACACACACACACACACGCACACUCUGGAGGUCAUAAGGGGCCGUGCCAGAGACGAGACAGCCAAUCAGGAGGAGGCGUCCGUCUCUCCUGUCUUGUCAAUCAAAGCGCCAUCCAUGUCCCGAGGAAGGGGCGGGGCUAUGGGCGGAGCUAGCCGAGUGGGCGGAGCCUCCUGAUGGCAGUUCCAGUUCCGGCAUUACCCUGUAACCGCAUGCUCGUGAAGAAACGGCAUGAGCCUGCACUAUGUGACCCCGUGACCCCGCGACCCCGCGACCCCGCGACCCCGCGCUGAAUGCUAUCGCAAAGAGCUCACCCUGCUACCGCUGCAUCCUGAUUGGCUGAUGAUAACGCCAGGCCAUGUCGCUCAACGGAGCGGUGGUUGGCCCCGCCCCCGUGUGUGCUGACGACGCUCAACAGAACGCUACACCGCUGUCCGGACCGCUUCGUAGAGUCGCCAUGCGAAGCCACUAUCAGGACUUUCUUUUUGUACCGACCUCGCGUGGGACACGUUUAAAGCGCUUGCACAACCAACACAGAGACGGACCACUGGCCAAUCAGAGCGGAGGUCCUCAGCUAUAAUGAUUCCAGACGAGUCGCCCCAACAGAAGACGAGCACCAGACCAGGACACCACCCGCCCCCACCCUGGGGACACCACCGCCCCCACCCUGGGGACACCACCGCCCCCACCCUGGGGACACCACCGCCCCCACCCUGGGGACACCCCACCCCCACCCUGGGGACACCACCACCCCCACCCUGGGGACACCACCGCCCCCACCCUGGGGACACCACCGCCCCCACCCUGGGGACACCACCACCCCCACCCUGGGGACACCACCGCCCCCACCCUGGGGACACCACCACCCCCACCCUGGGGACAUCACCGCCUCCACCCUGGGGACACCACCGCCCCCACCCUGGGGACAGACCAGGACACCACCGCCUCCACCCUGGGGACACCCCACCCACCACCGUGGGGACAUGAGUCUUCCAUUCCAAACGGGGAAACUCCUGGUGUUGGCUUCCCUCAGGUCCUCAGAAUGUUGCUACUGGACCCUGAUGUCUGCGGAGAAGAGAGGAUAAAGACGUCCGGAUCCUGGAGAGGAAGAAGAGGAUGAGGAGCAUGAAGAGAAGAUGAGGAGAGGAUGAAGAGCAUGAGGAGAGAAUGAGAGAGGAUGAGGCGGUGGGAAUGGAAGAGCGGAUGAGAGGGAGAGGAUGGAGAUGAUGGAGAGGAUGGAGAUGAUGGAGAUGGUGUUAGAGGAUCAAGGCAGAUCUUUUUUUUUAAGUUUGUGGAACCCGUUUGGAACACCCCCCUGGUCCGGUCCUCUGGGGGGCCAGACGUUUCAGACCCUCGGUCCUUUAGCUCUGGUCGGGUCCGGAUCCACCAAAGUAGUCUUGGAGAUAGUUGUAGGCAGGAAGCCAUUUUUGCCCAAAAAAUUAUAUAUUUUUAAGUUGCUCAGUGAGUUUUAAACGACUCAAGAAGAAAUGUUUUUAUCGGACCUUGCUGGUUCUAAGAUACUUUCCCGUUAUCAUGGAGGAUUAUAGAGUCAUAUUAAGGAAUAAAUCUAAACAAUCAUAUGCAGUUGUUGCUAAAACAAUCCGUGCUUUAUUCUCAGGCAAUGUAACCCCCCCCCCCCCCGCCCCCCCCCCCCAAAGUCAAGUCCCCUUCAAAGUAAGAGCCCAUAGCUUAGAACCUACCAAAAAGCAUUCUUAAGAUCUACUGUUGUGGUAAUACCCCUUUAAACCCCAAACACUGUGACGGACAGCUCUUAAUCCCGCCCCCUAAUGUACACACGCUGCACUUCUGUCGAACUUACAGCCAUAGCUAAGCAAAGCAAAAAAGAGUUUCUUUAUCUAACGCAGGUAGUUUAUAAUACUAUGAAGAAGUUUUAUUUUUAAUAGAGAGGUGGCCUAUAUAUGUAUAUAAUUUGAAAAGAUGUAUGUUGUAUAAAAAAAUCUAUUUAAGAGCAGGAGCUUCUCGACGUUUGAGCAGCUUGCAUGGUCGAAGAACGGAGAACCACAGUGAGGAACGUAGAACCACCGUGAGGAACGGAAAACCACCGUGAGGAACGUAGAACCACCGUGUGUGUAACAGCACGUGCGUUGUGCAUGUCGCCUGGUGGACCAGCUUCUGCCUGCAUCAGCCUGACGCAGAAGCUUCGCUUGGCCUUCGCUAAAACCAGCGCAAACUGGUUCCCAGCACGUUCAGUCUUGUUUACUCUCCCGCGUCACACAUCAUCCGCACCGUGUUGUUAAAGUGUUUCAUCACCGCUGAACACACCCCCCCAGGCAGAGUAGAGAGGCGUGUCGCGGCCGGGGUGUGGCUCACCACGCACCCUCCGAACCCCACGAUCCCAUUGGCCGACGAAGCCGGGUGGCCGUGAUGUCAUUCAAGAUGGCGCCCGGCUACUAUUUACUGAUAAGUCGGCUUUUUAUAGCAGGGGGUGGGGGCGUCUUCACGACGAUGUCAUUGGAAUCAGACCCAGAACCUUUCGACACCAGUGACACCAGCAGACCCGCUUCACAGCCAGAUGGUUAGGAUGACCUUCGACCCCCGAAGCCCCGGCUUGUGGCGGUGACUUAGGAGCUCGCCUGACAGCGGUGACCUCGGCGUCCCCGGCGCCCACGGCGCCCACGCCGCGGGUUCCUUCUCCAGUUAUGAUUUCAGUGUUUGUUUUUUUUUUGUGACGCUCCGAUGAGGUCCGUCCCGGCGCUGGUCGCCUGCGGGACGCCUCGGAGACGUGCGGCGAGACGUUUUGCCUCGGUGGGAGGAGGCGAGGGGGUCGAGGAACGCUGUGGGCGUCUGGGGAUGUUGGGGUCAGAGGUCGUGGGGGGCUAUCGCGUCCGUUACCGUUCUGCAGUCAUGACGAGGUUUUAACCUUUCACGUGCUUCAGUGGUGGAGGAGACGCCGCUGAAGCACGUUAAACCAACCACAGUGUGAGCCGAGUUGGACGUCAGAAUGUUAGAUUUCAGCCGUCGCAGCAGACGCUCUUCAUCCAGAGCGACUGGGUGGAUCACGGGUACAUUCGGUCGAGGAGCAGGUAUGAGUGUCUUGCUCGAGGACACAGGUCAGACUGCCAGACAUGGGGGUUCAACCCCGACUCUUUCGGCUGGGAGUCCAACACCCUAACCACUAUACUACCCCCCCCCCCCCCCCCCCCCUUAAGAGAUUCAAGAGUCCACGAGUAUCGAAUCCAGACUUUACGUUUUGCUAAGCCAGGUUUUGGAGACUUCAUUUUAUUAUACGUCAGAAAUUCUCUGCUUUCGUUUUGUUUGUUGGGAUUUUUUUCCCCGUUCCCUCUGUUGCCGCAGCAGCCAUCUGAUGAGUAAGAAGCAGUUAGCCUACUCUCGACAAUGUAUUGCGUUUCUGAAACCCGAGCCCAGAGACUAUCUUCGGACAAUUCACUGAGAAUGUUCGGCCCCGUGAACACGCCGCCGCCCCCGAAGCGUUUCUUGCCGUUAUGCAAUAAACUGUACCCCUCAGUAAGCAGACUGCAGUUCUGAGCUCCGCCAGCAGGGGCUGCUGUUGACCAGCGACGUGGUGUGUAAUAGGGAUCAAAUAUGGCCAUAUUUUUAUUGAUGUACUAUAUUAAUUGCUAUCAUAUUAAUGUCAUUGUUCUGUUUUACAUCUAGUUCUCGCCUCAUGUUUUAGCGUCAAACAACAAUGAAUGAACGUAUGCAUCUUGCUUUUUUUUGUUUUGUUAUUAUAACUUGACAUUGUUAUACAUUUUUAUUUGAGACCUUUAAUAAGCAGGGAACCCGUGUUUUUUUGUAAAUAAUGUCCGUAAACCAUAGGUGCUUCUUAAACCUAACAUGAAAAAAAAGAUUUUUAAAAGACUGUAUAUUAUUUUGCAAAAAUAAAUAAAUAAUAAAAACGACA